AUGUCUUUCACCAAGGCUGCUAGUGACGAGAAGGCUAUCGCCACCAUCCGUUGCUUGGCCGCCGAUGUGGUCGCCAAGUCCAACUCGGGUCACCCUGGUGCUCCCAUGGGUAUGGCCCCCAUGGCCCACACCCUCUUCUCUCGAUUCAUGAACGUCAACCCCGCUCACUCCAAGUGGGUCAACCGUGACCGAUUCGUUCUCUCCAACGGUCACGCUUGUGCCCUGAUCUACAUCCUUAACCACCUCCUCGGAUACAAGGAUUUGCCCAUGGAGCAGCUCAAGUCGUUCCGUCAGAUCGACUCCAAGACCCCUGGUCACCCCGAGUACGGCCACACCGAGGGUAUCGAGGUCACCACUGGUCCUCUGGGUCAAGGUUUCUCCAACUCGGUCGGUCUCGCCAUUGCCCAGGCCAACUUGGCUGCCACCUACAACAAGGACGGCUUCCCCCUCUUCACCAACCACACAUACAUGUUCACCGGUGACGGCUGCUUGCAGGAGGGUAUCGCCUCCGAGGCCGCCUCUCUCGCUGGUCACCUUAAGCUCGGCAACCUCAUCGCCCUCUACGAUGACAACCACAUCUCCAUCGACGGUGACACCGCCUGCUCCUUCACCGAGGACGUCGAGGCGCGUUUCCUCGCCUACGGCUGGCACGUCUCGCACGUCCUUGACGGUGACAAGGACCUCGAGGGUCUCUUCAAGGCCAUCACCGAUGCUAGGAACGUCACCGACAAGCCCUCCCUCAUCCGUGUCAAGACCACCAUCGGUUUCGGUUCCAAGCAGCAGGGUCUCGCCGCCACCCACGGCGCUCCCCUCAAGGCUGACGACAUCGAGGGUGUCAAGGCCAAGUUCGGCAUGGACCCCAAGGAAAAGUUCGUCGUCCCCGACGACGUCUACGCCGCCUACAAGGAGAUCGCUGACCGUGGUGCCAAGGCCGACAAGGAGUGGACCGAGCUGUUCAAGGCUUACGGCGACAAGUACCCCAACGAGCACGCCGAGAUCGCCCGCCGAAUCGCCGGCAAGCUUCCCGAGGGCUGGGAGAAGGCGCUCCCCACCUACAAGCCCAGCGACGACGCCGUCGCCUCGCGAAAGCUUUCCGAGACCGUCCUCGGCAAGGUGGCCGACGUCGUUCCCGAGCUCCUCGGUGGUUCCGCCGAUUUGACCGGCUCCAACUUGACCCGAUGGGGCAACGCCGUCGACUUCCAGCACCCCAGCACCCAGCUCGGCGACUACUCGGGCAAAUACAUCCGAUACGGUGUCCGUGAGCACGCCAUGGGUGCCAUCAUGAACGGUCUCGCCGCCUACGGCAUGCACAUCCCCACUGCCGGUACUUUCCUCAACUUCGUCUCGUACGCCAUCGGCGCUGUCCGUCUCUCGGCACUCUCGGGUCACCGUGUUAUCUGGGUCGCCACCCACGACUCGAUCGGUCUCGGUGAGGACGGCCCCACCCACCAGCCUAUCGAGACCGCCAUCGCUCUCCGUGCCAUCCCCAACCUCAUGUUCUGGCGUCCUGCCGACGGUAACGAGACUUCGGGUGCUUACCUCGUUGCCAUCGAGGCCAAGUCGACCCCUUCGGUUCUCGCCCUCACCCGUCAGAACCUGCCCCAGCUCGAGGGCAGCUCCAUCGAGAAGGCCGCCAAGGGUGGUUACGUUGUUGUUGAGAACGAGUCGGCUGACAUCACCCUCGUCGCCUCGGGUUCCGAGGUCGCCAUUUGCAACGAAGCCGUUGCCAAGCUCGGCGAGAAGGGCAUCAAGGCUCGUGUCGUCUCGAUCCCCUGCUUCUCGGUCUUCGACGCCCAGCCCAUCGACUACCGUCUCUCGGUCCUCCCCUCGGGCAAGCCCAUCCUUUCCGUCGAGGCUUACUCGACGCUCGGCUGGUCCAAGUACUCGCACGCCCAGCACGGUAUCAACACCUUCGGUGCCUCGGCCCCUGCCAAGGAGCUCUUCAAGAAGUACAAGAUGACCGGCGAGGACGUUGCCGCCAAGGCCGAGCACGUCGCCAAGGUCUUCCAGGGCCAGACCCUCGUCAGCCCCAUCGAACUUGAGGCCAAGCUCAUGAAGUACUAA